AUGUAUCUUAUCAGCGUGAUCUCUUAUCUUGCCGCGUCUAUCUACGCCACAACCCUUGGCAUGUCCGUAGGGAUUGCCGUCCAUUUACCAGCUGUCCAAGGACAUAUUCACUCUUUAUUCUUUCUUUCAUAUACAUACAGUCUUUCCGAUAUCAUCAUGACUGCUUCGGCUCUUCCGUCGGCCCACCUCCCGCGAGUUGAAGUGUUUGAUGCUGGAGAUGCACAGGUUCAAGAAGUGGUCGAUGCCUUGAUCAAGGCAGGUGGCUGUGUUAUCAAGAACGCCUUAUCGGUGCAAGACGUGAACGCGAUUGAGGCCAACGUACGACCUCAUAUUGAAGCUGAUAGCCCAUGGAGUGGAAAGUUUUUCCCUGCUGAAACCAGGCGUGUGAUGGCGAUGCCAGGAAAGUCCAAGCUCUAUAUGGAGAAGAUAGUUUUCAAUAAGCUAUAUCAAGCAGUAUGUGAUAAACUGUUGAGUAGCGAGUACGGCUGCUGGGUAGGCGAUGAGUGGAAACAGAGCUGCUCCAAGCCGCAGCUUAACAACACAGCAGUCCUCUCCAUUGGCCCUGGCGCGCGAGACCAGGAGCUCCACCGAGACAGCAUGAUCCAUCACUGCCGAACAAGAAAGAUGGAUCCCUCUGAAUACGUUGUCGGUCAAGAAACUGGAAUUGGAUUCUUUGUUGCCGGAAAGAAGACUACCGUCGCCAACGGAGCGACCCGUUUCAUUCCUGGCUCCCAUCUAUGGGAUCAUUCGACACCACCGAAGGAAGACCAGUGUGUUUAUGCUGAGUUGGAUCCCGGUGAUGGAUUCAUUCUAUUAGCAUCCGCAUUUCACGGGGGUUCUGCCAACAAGACGAAGGACGAAGAAAGGCUCGUAUACAGUGUCUUCAUGACCAAGGGUUAUUUACGCCAGGAAGAAAACCAAUACGUGGCAAACAAAUUUGAGGAUCUUAAAGAUAUGUACGACGAUGCCGCUUUGGAAACGAUCGGAUACGGGCUCUCUCGGCCUUUCCUAGGAUGGAUUGACGCUUUGCCACCUUUGGAUUGGCUUCGUGGCUCAAGGGAGUUAAAAGAUCUAUUCUGA